ACCUUAAUAUGUUUUUAUAACCAACACACCGCUUUAUACCUACUAAUCAUUGGUGAAAAUUUUCUAUAAUUUGUGUUCUCUUUGUAAUCAAAACACCAAUCGAUUACUUAAACUCGAUUGUUAUUGUAAUUAGUCUAUCCUAACACUAUUCAAUACAUGAAAAAAUUGUAGAAGUUUUAAAAGUUUUAUCAAGUCAAAUUAUAAGUAGUAGUUUGGUUUAUUAAUUAAACAUUGAUUACCUGAUACCAAGAUUCAAACAGUAAACCAGUACAGUAAACGUUACCAAGGUUUUUAUUACUUUGUUUUGUGCGAUGUUUUGAAAUGCAAAAAUUAAAAUCUGGAGAAUUUACUGAUCUCUCAGAGCCUGUGUUGAAAACUUUAAACCAAAAUAGAAUAAACACUAUAUCAGAGUUUCUACAAGAGGAUGUAUCGAAGUUAUCGACAUUAACAAAUUUAAAUUUAUCACAAAUUGUGAACAUGAGAAAUGAGAUAUUCGCAAAGUAUUGCCCACCCUUAAUUAACGGAACUACUAUACUUGCAAAAAGUUUAACAAAUAAAAAAAAUGUUACGUGUGGAAUAGAAAGGUUGGAUGCAUUAACUGGAGGUGGAAUACCCACUGGAACCAUUACUGAAUUGUGCGGUCUAGCAGACUCUGGGAAGACACAACUUUGUUUUCAAAUAGCUAUCAACUGUGCAAAGAACACAGACAACACAGUAUUAUAUCUUGAUACUAAAGGAGACUUUUCUGCAGUGAGAAUACAGAAGAUUUUAGAAGGAUUAAAAUAUUCACAUAAGGACAUGGCGUUAAUAAUGUACAGAAUAAGGGUAAUCCACAUAUGGACAAUGGAGGAGCUUGUAGAAUUAUUCAAAAACUUAAACAAUAAAACAUUGGCAAUAGAAAAUUUGGCUCUAAUCAUAAUUGACUCUCUGCCAUGUUUAAUGUUUCAGUACUUGGGUGAUGAUAAUAAAAUAGGACUAACACAUUUAAAUGAAUUUGUGAAUAAAGGCAGAUGUUUAUGUAGAACAUUGAAUGUAGCCUUGCUCUGUGUGAACAUACAAACAAGAUGGGUGGACCCAGAUGUUGUGGAUGUGGAAGAUGAAGAGACAAGUUCUGCAUUCAAAGAUUCAUAUAUUGAGAAGCGCAUUCGUUGCUUGGGAAAAUACUGGCAGGAAAUACCGGCACUAGUUUUAGUGAUUGAACGAAUUCAAGAAAAUAACGACGAGUCGCAACUAAAAAUUAUAGUUACAAAAUUUAAUAACGCUUCAUAUGAAAACCAACAGUGUCUUUUGAAUUUAAAUGCAUUUGGUGUUACUUAAAAUAGUUAUAGUUAUUAUAAGUUCUAUUUUACAUAUUGUUCCAGUUUUAAUUUAUUAAAAUCUAUUGGAAUAUGGA